UGUGCACAUGCAUAUUGUUCGGGACAUUUGAGGAUUAACCCGAAAAUCUUUGGUGACCAAAGGGUUAGCAGUUCCAGUGGGCGCUGCAUGCCCAGGGUGGCCGCCAGUUGUAAACAUGGGCGAGAUGUGCCCCAUGGUUUUUACAGGGAGGGGCGAGUCCAGCCUAAAGCUCCUUCAGUCCGGAUCUGGGAACUCUACGGCUGCUUCUCGCUCGCCUUCAAGCGAUUUUUAAAAACAAACUUCAGCAGUGCGUGGCCACCACCCAGAAGAAAAGAAGACAAGAGAAGAAAGUGGUCAGAUACUGACCAGAUACUGACCUAUGCUGGGCCACAGAUAGAUCAACCCGAAGGUGAGUGCUGACCCUUUCCGGACCUGUCAUGGAUGAGGACUUCGAACUCCGACGGGAGCUGAGGCGGCAGAAGCGGGAGGAGAUGCAGCAGGAGGCUGAGAGGAUGACCAUGAACGAUGGCGAUGACGAAGAGGCUGCCCGAGAGCGCAGACGCAGGGCUCGCCAGGAGCGGCUGCGUAACAAGGAGAACGAGGAGAAGGAGGAGAACGAGGAGAAGGAGGAGUCAGUCAGCACGGCGACGGAGAGCACAGAGCACAAUGACACAACCAGCUGCACAAAUGAGACAGAAAAUACGAACAGCUCACAGAGAUUGAUCGCCGCCGCUUCCGACGAUGACCAGGCCCUCCUGGAGCGGAUUGCCAAGCGGGAGGAGCGCAGGCAACGCAGGAUGAAGGAGGCCCUUGAGAGGCAGAAGGAGAUCGACCCCACCAUCACCAACAAUGUAGAGAACAGUCAGGAAGAGAAGUCAGACGGACGCAGUGAAGAAGAACAGGUGUUCGACAUUAACAGCAAGCCCCCUAAGCCCGACAGCUGGAAGGAGAAAGAGGUGAAAAAGAAAGAAGAGGAGAAGGAAGAGGAGAAACAGGAAGUGGCAGUGGCAGUCCUGCAGGAGAAAGAAACAGAGCCGGAGAAGGAGGAGGUGACGCAGAAGGUUGCAGGGGCUGUCCCCGGAGAGACACAGGAGCAGGUUGAAGAACAUCUUAUCAAUUCAAAUGUAACUGUAGAACUACCCAUGAUGCCCAGCACUGACCUGGAAGAAACGCCAUCAACAGAAACAGAAGACAAAAUAAUUAUUUCACAGAAGGCUGUGGAGGAGAAGACUGCUUCUUCAAAAGCUGAGUUUGAUAAAGAACUUGUCAUAUCAAUAAGAGAACUGAAAGACGUAACAGAAGGUGGAGAAACAGUAGUGAGAAUGGAGGCCAAAGAAAAAGCCAAACCCUUAAAGAGAGAAGAAGAAGAAAAACCAAAGGAAAUGUUAAAGGAAGAGGUAAAGGAAAGACAUGUGGUAUCAAAGAAAGAGGUGGAGGAGAAACCAGUGAUAUCAAAGAAAGAAGAGGAAGAGAAACCAGUGAUAUCAAAGAAAGAACAGAAGCCAGUGAUAUCAAAGAAAGAAGAGAAGCCAGUGAUAUCAAUGAAAAAAGAGGAAGAGAAGCCAGUGAUAUCAAAGACAAAAGUAGAAGAGAAACCAGUGGUAUCAAAGAAAGAAGAAGAAAAGAAACCUAUGUUAUCAAAGAAAGAAGAAAAAUCUGUGAUAUCAAAGAAAGAAGAAAAGAAACCAUUGAUAUCAAAGAGAGAAGAAGAAAAGAAACCUGAGAUAUCAAAGAAAGAAGAAAAGAAACCUGCCGUGUCAAAGAAAGAAGAAGAAAAGAAACCAGUGAUAUCAAAGAAAGGGUUUGAAGAAAAACCUGCCACAUUAAAGAAAGAUGCUGAGAAAAAGACUGAAGGAAAACUGGGAAUACCAAAGAAAAAAGUUGAGGACAGCCCCGUUACACCAAAAAAAGAGGAGGUCGCAGAGGAGAAACUGAAACGGUCUUCUGUCAAGGAACCAGUGGCAGAAAAGAAGACAAACAAGGAGCCAGAGUUACUUCAGCGAAAGAAGGACUUUCCACCGCAAGCCAAGCAGCAGGACGGCAGCUUCCGGCAGGAUGCACCGGCCGCAAGCAAGCUCAAGAAGCCGGAAUGGCUCCAGAGCCGCAAGGCCGAACCAGCCGAAAAGGGCAGCGUGUCUCAGAAGGCAGAGGACCUGAAGCGGCGUCGCGACGAGGCCGAGAGUGGCGAGUUCGAGAAGAUGCGGCAGAAGCAGCAGGAGGCCGAGGCCGAGCUGGAGAACCUGAGGCGCAAGAGGGAGGAGAGAAAGAAGGUGCUGGAAGAGGAGGAGAAGCUGAAGAAGCAGGAGCAGCAGGAGAAGAAGGCCAAGGAGGAGGAGGAGAAGAGGAGGAUGAAGGAAGAAAUUGAGAAGCGGCGUGCAGAGGCGGCGGAGAAACGGCAAAAGGUGGAGGGAUCCACUGAAGGAGAGAGCAAGAAGCCCUUCACAUGUGUGAGCCCUAAGGGCUCCUCUCUCAAGAUUGGUGAAAGGGCAGAGUUUCUAAAUAAGUCUGCACAGAAGAGUGCUGUGAAGGUGUCUCACACGCCCAUUGUGACGAAGAUUGGCAACAAAUUGGAGCAGUACAACACGGCCAUUCAGACUAACAAGGAUAUCAAGUCCCCUAAGUCUCCAGCUGCAGACUUGCCCGUGGCCCCAGAUGGAAUCCGCAACAUUAAGAGCAUGUGGGAGCGGGGAAACGUGUCUGGCACACCAGAGGGGCCCGGGGCCCCCAACAAGGAAACGGCUGGCAUGAAGAUAGGCGUCACUGGCCGCAUCAGCGACUGGGGGUGUAAGACUCCAGAGCCCGGAAAAGCAGCUGGGGGGGCACCUGCGGGGAUGCACCCUGUUCUCUCCCUCUUCCUGGGCUUGUCUGUCUUCUGUACUUCUUCCCUCUCUAUGGGCCAGGACCUAAAGCCUGGUGAUGUCACCAACAAGCGUGGCCUGUGGGAGAACAAGAACGUGCGUGCUGCCAAGGUGACCGUUGGACAGAAGAGUAAAUCUGUCACUAAUGCAGGAGUGGGACACUGACGACACCGGAACAGCUGAAAAUGGCUGAAACCAACAAUACGCAAGGCCCUCUUUCUUGCUUUGUACAUUUUGAAAAUCAAAAAAGUUGUUGUUUGUUUUUGCUUUUUUAUUUUAAGGUUAAACCCAGGGUGGGGGGGGAUGCAGAAACUAAAGAAAAUGAGAUUUAUAGUAGCACUGAAUUACAAGCCUGGCCUGUUUAUCUGUUUGCCUCUAUAACACUCCUGUCUCACACACACCUGUACGGCUGCACUGUGACAUUCCAGCAAAGAAGUGUCCUUCUCCGACAUUUACCACCAGCUUCUCAACAUGAUAAGACUUUGCACAAACAGUUCUGUCCUGGAUCUCUCCCAGAAGGGUCACAGGAUAUUUUGUAACAAAAAAGAAAAAUCCCCACUACUGCCACACCACGCGGAUUUAUUUCACUCUUCUAGAAAAGUGCCUGAUAUUUCGUAUUAUCAGUAGUGAUUACAAUUUCAGUCUGUUUGUUCACAGUAGGAAUACAAACUGCACACAUUGCUUAGAUUAGGAUCUCUGCUCAUUUUUGCUUGCUGAUAACAUUUACCAGUAAAAUAGUGGAUUAAUUUAUGCAUAUAUAUAUAUAUAUAUAUAUAUAUAUAUAUAUAUAUAUAUAUAUAUUAAGGGACUGCUUAUUGCACCGCUUUACAUGUAUGUGUGAUUCUUGACACAUGUAGUAUUCUUAUCACCAGCUAUUAGAGAAAGCAUUUAGGGGUAAAAUAUGAUAUAAUUAUGUGUCUAUAAACGCAAUUUGCCUUUAAGUCUGUUGAUGUUCUGGAGGCUGGGAUAGUGGGUGUUAAACCUUAUUGUUCAUCUAGUCCCAUUCAGCCUUUGGCCCCUAGUGUCGGGGCGCUGGCCUUCGGUCACGGUAAAUAAGACAGUGUGACAGCAGCGAGACGGGCUGAGGCGGCGCACGGCAGGGGCCUCCUGGUGCUUCUCCGCUGUGUGACGACGCUCGGUACCAGCAGACACCGAGACUGAAACAGGGCAGAGAUCCAGCUGCAGGCCAGUCACUGUCCCGAGGGAUGAAAACUGCACUGUGGUCUUGCAUUUCUGCUAUUAACGCAUAAAUUACUGUCACAAACACUACAUAUGGAGUUCAGGGAAGAAGAGAUGUCCUACAGACCUUACUAUGAGAGUAAGUAAGGCCUAAAGGUACAUACUGUUCAGGUAGCCUGCCACUAAGGCGGAGUUAAAGCCCAUUUUAAGGCGAACAAUCUUAUUCACCAACUUCCACAUCGCAAAGGAGCAUCAAAGUGUAAUGUUGUUUUCAUGCAUUAUGACGUUUUCUGAUCUGGUAAUGUAAUACUCUUUUUCAUUGUUGUUCUGAUGCCUGAAUUUGUGUCAAAAUAAUGCAGAAUAGAAUGCAUUGAAUAGACCGGAAUGAAAAACGAUCACUCGUUUCACCUUUGGCUGUGAACCAGAUGAAAUGAUAGAUGUGCUUUUGUGAUCACAGAUGUAAUUUGGUUAAGCACUUGACUGUCUUGCUCAGGAUCAUGUCGCAGGUGUGAAGUACGACAUUUAGGGAGUGACAUUGCGAAUCGGACACAAACCACAAUCGUGUUCGUACACAACCCUAGGAGCUGGAACCCAAAUUAGAACCAUCCGUGUCACUGGACUCUAUCUCAUGUUACUGUGGUAUUCCAAAGGCUUGGCCGGUAAAUCCAGGCCGUAUAACACUUUAUUAUUCUUUAUUGGAAGGUCAGUACUGCUGGCUUGGGCCCUGCUCACUUUAUUUUUAAGCUAACAACCAUGGUAAUAGUCCAUGAGACCAUGGUGUCUGGCUUCUCAAUAAAACGUCUGAUUUUCCAGUAGAACUGCUUGGAAAUCUGUUCACUCCUUUUCUGACAAUGAAAUAAAUUCCCUAAACUGUGUUUGGCAAUUUUUGUCUCCUGUUAAUGUUUCAGUUUUUCCAAACACACCUGUGCAUCGUAUUGGAAUUAAUAGAGCCCUCAAAAGUAACUGCCAUUAUUCUACAGCUAUUAAAGGUUUUGUUUGUUGUGAUGAAGAGCUUUACAUCAUAACUGUUUUUUAUGCAAUGUGCAAAUGACUCUGCAAUAAAGACGUAACUGUUCAAA